CUUGAUUGAAACAGAGAACCGGAAUCAGAUUCUCAUUCUCCGGCACGUCUUCUCCAUCACAGUCGUCAGUUCCUCUCUCUCUCUCAGUUGAUACCUUGCAUUGAUUGAUUCCCCCCAUCCGCCUUCCCAUUAUCGUCCUCUCAGCCAGUGUGUGUGUGUGUGUGUAUAUAUAUAUAUAUAUAUAUAUGUCAUAUAUACUGAUCUCGCUCCAAUCUCUGAUCUGAUCCCUUCCCAUCCGCUCUCUCAGAUCACCCAGUUGGGGACCCGUAGAAGCUGCCGACACCUAAAAACCUAAAACCAUCAUGGAGGGAACUAUAUUCACUCCUUCUUUGGAAGGCAUGAAGCAUGUCAAGUCAGAAGAAGGGGAAAUGCUUACCAAGCCUUUCCUGGAUGUGUGCAAAUUGAUAUUGCCUGUUCUAGAUAAAUUUGGAACAGCUAUGGCCCUUGUAAAGACUGAUGUUGGUGGAAAUAUUUCGAGACUGGAGGCCAAGUAUAAUUCAAACCCAACUGAUUUCAAUCUAUUGUACAGCAUGGUGCGAGUUGAGGUUGAAGCUAAAACUGCAAAAGGAUCCUCCAGUUGUACAAAUGGACUUCUUUGGCUAACGAGAGCCAUGGAUUUUCUGGUGGAACUGUUCCGCAACUUACUAUCUCAUCCAGAAUGGACAAUGUCCCAAGCUUGUUCAGAUUCGUAUGGGAAGACCCUGAAGAAAUGGCAUGGUUGGCUUGCCAGUUCAAGUUUCUCUGUUGCUAUGAAGCUUGCACCCAACAGGGAGAAGUUCAUGGAAGUUAUAGGGGGUUCAGGUGAUAUCAAAGCUGACAUAGAAGCAUUUUGUGUGUCCUUUGCACCUCUACUUGAAGAGAAUCACAAGUUUCUGGCUAGCGUUGAGUUGGAUGAUCUGAAGGCGUCGUAAAAGCAGUGGUCAGCACCCGCUUUUAGUAAUCUUUGCUCUUGUUCAUUUGACACAGUUCUGAUGGGACGAGAUAAAUUAUCAGCCAUUUGAGAGUUACCAGAUCUUUCGGAAUGAUGAGGCAAGAAAACAUAUGGACUAGUUAAACAUAUUCUUCAAUAUGCUGCUUGCGUUUUGAGUUUUUUUGUUUUGCUUCGUUCGGUGAUAUAUCGAAUUCUUACAUUAGUAUGAACCAGAGAAAUGGAAACGGAUUUAGUCACUUAUGAAGUCGAUUGGUUAGAAGG